AUGUCUCAGCUCCAACCGCAACGACCGGCCAUCAGGGGAAAGAAGACAGCACUGGAGGUUAAGGCAGUCGAGGAAGAGGAGGUCAAAGAAGAGCUCCGGAAGAGGCACACUGCGAACAAGGAGAAUGCUGCUGUCCGCCGCAGCAAGCACGACGAUGAAGAGUGUGUUUCUGAGAGACCCAGGCCUAAGCGCAGCAGGCGCAACUCGGUCCGCCUGUCCUUCUGCUACCCGUCUCGUCACGUGGAGAACCGUGACCGAGUCCACGCGGCUGGUGUUUCCAACGUGCCAACAGCUGUGCCCACCGUGGUUGUUGCUCCCCUUGCCCCUACAACAGCUGCACCGGUCGCCAUGCCAGGGCUUGCCGUCAUCACACCAACCGCGCAGCUGGCUUGA